AUGUGGGCCGGACUGCUCCUCCGGGCCGCCUGCGUCGUGCUCCUGCUGCCGGGGGCCCCGGCCCGAGGCUACACCGGGAGGAAGCCUCCCGGACACUUCGUGGCCGAGAGACGCCGACUGGGCCCCCAUGUCUGCCUCUCGGGCUUUGGGAGUGGCUGCUGCCCUGGCUGGGCCCCAUCCAUGGGCAGUGGGCACUGCACCCUGCCUCUCUGCUCCUUUGGCUGUGGGAGUGGCGUCUGCAUCGCUCCCAAUGUCUGUUCUUGCCAAGAUGGAGAGCAUGGCGCCACCUGCCCAGAAGCCCAUGGACCCUGCGGGGAGUAUGGCUGUGACAUUACCUGCAACCAUGGUGGCUGUCAGGAGGUGGCUCGAGUGUGCCCUGUGGGCUUCUUGAUGACAGAGACAGCUGUUGGCAUCAGGUGUGCAGACAUUGAUGAAUGUUUAAGCUCCUCUUGUGAGGGCCAGUGUGUGAACACAGAAGGUGGCUUCGUAUGCGAGUGUGGACCUGGUAUGCGACUAUCCGCCGACCGCCACAGCUGCCAAGACACUGAUGAAUGCCUAGGGACCCCCUGUCAGCAGAGAUGUAAGAAUAGCAUUGGCAGCUACAGGUGCUCCUGCCGUCCUGGCUUCCACCUGCACGGCAACCGGCACUCCUGUGUAGAUGUAAACGAGUGUCGGAGGCCGCAGGAGAGGCGAGUCUGCCACCAUUCCUGCCAUAACACCGUGGGCAGCUUCCUGUGCACCUGCCGACCUGGCUUCAGGCUUCGAGCUGACAGGGUGUCCUGUGAAGCUUCCCCGAAGGCUGUGCUGGCCCCAUCCGCCAUCCUGCAGCCCCGCCAGCAGUCCCCCAAGAUGCCUCUGCUGCUUCCCGAGGCUGGCCAGCCUGCGCUGUCCCCAGGACACAGCCCUCCUCCAGAAGCCUCAGGGCCUCCUUCCAGAGUCAGGACAACCCAUCUGCCACCCACGUCGUUCCCUACCCAGCGGCUUUCCACCCCAGUGCCCACUGUCUCCCUGCUGGGGACCCUCAAACUCCCCUCCCUUCUCCAGGGGGAGUUACUGGGAACACCCAAGGGCCCCAGGCCAGCCACAGGCCCUGAUCCCUGCUGGCACCUGGGAGCCUUGUAUGCAUCAGGGAGCCACUGGACACAGCCUGACUGUUCUCAGUGCUGGUGCGAGGAUGGGGUGGUAACCUGUGGAAAGGUUAAGUGUGAAGUCACCUGUUCCCACCCGAUUCCCCCCAGAGAUGGGGGGUGCUGCCCCUCCUGUACAGGCUGCUUUCACAGUGGCGCCUUCCGAGCAGAGGAGGACGUGUUUUCACCUCCCGACGAGAACUGCACUGUUUGUGUCUGUCUGGCUGGAAAUGUGUCCUGCAUCUCACCCGAGUGUCCUUCUGGCCCCUGUGAGACUGUCUCGCAGUCAGACUGUUGUACCUGUGUCCCGGUGAGAUGCUAUUUCCGUGAUCGGUGGUAUGCGGACGGGGCUGUGUUCAGUGGGGGUGGUGACGACUGUACCACCUGCAUCUGUCAGAAUGGGGAGGUGGAAUGUUCCUUCACGCCAUGUCCAGAGCUGGACUGUCCCCGAGAGGAGUGGUGGCUGGGCCCGGGACAGUGCUGUUUCACCUGCCGGAAGCCCACACCCACCACAGGCUGCUCUCUUGAUGACAACGGGGUCGAGUUUCCAAUUGGACAGAUCUGGUCGCCUGGUGAUCCCUGUGAGUUAUGCAUCUGCCAGGCAGAUGGCUCAGUGAGCUGCAAGAGGACGGACUGCGUAGACUCCUGCCCCCACCCCAUCCGGAUCCCUGGACAGUGCUGCCCAGACUGUUCAGCAGGCUGCACCUACAGGGGUAGAAUCUUCUACAACAAUGAGACCUUCCCAUCAGUGUUGGACCCGUGUCUGAGCUGCAUCUGUCUGCUGGGCUCAGUGGCCUGUUCACCUGUGGACUGCCCCAUCUCUUGUACCUACCCCUUCCACCCCGAUGGCGAGUGCUGCCCCGUGUGCCGUGACUGCAACUAUGAGGGGAGGAAGGUGGUGAACGGCCAGGUGUUCACCUUGGACGAUAAGCCCUGUACCCGGUGCACGUGCCAGCUAGGAGAAGUGAGCUGUGAGAAGAUCCCCUGUCAGCCGGCCUGCAGUGACUCCUUAUUGCUCCCUGGGGACUGCUGCUUCUCCUGCCCAGAUUCCCUGUCUCCUCUGGAAGAAAGGCAGGGGCUCUCCCCUCACGAUGGCCUGGUGCUUGGCAAAGCUGCUCAGAGCCCCCAUGGAGACCCUGAGGCCCCUGUCAACUGUACCUCCUGUCCUGGGCCCCCGUCGGCAUCACCUCCAAGGCCAGCACUCCAUCUCCUCCAGCUGCUCUUGGGAACAAACCUGUCUACCGUGCAGACAUUACCCACGGGCCCCCCAGGAACACAGACCUUGCCCUCACCCCCUCUGGAGCCUAGGGGCACUUUUCCAGGGGAACCCACAGCCUCCCAGCCCCCCUGGCCCUCACCAGAGCCUUCUGUCCCUCCAGGACCUUCCACUCUACCUCCAACUUCUCCAGAGGCUCUUUGGCCACCUUUCACUCCAGAGAGCUCCAUCACUGCCUCUGGGGCCCGGACAACAGCCAGGUGGCCCCUGCCUGCCACCCUCCUGACUGAAUCUUUGGCACCUUCUUCGAUGGACCCUGGCUCUUCAGAGACCGCCAUGACUCCCCUCAGGCCUCAUAAAAACUCUGUGGCCCUUGUGUCUACCAACCACCCUGGUCCCCAGCAGCCCACAUCAAAAGAGGAAGACCCCACUGUCUGA